AGUCCAUCUUUAGGAUCGACCAGAUCCUUUUUAAAAGGUGCUGCCAGCUCAACGGCUGAAGGGGAGAGGACACUUAGAGCUUUUACGUCGAAGUGC